AUGGGUGACAACGACACUCAAGAGAAGACUACUGUAGUCGUUCGAGCCGACUCAAAAUUCAGCUCAAGGAAGACCACUGUAGACGCUCCUCCCCACCUCACUGGCCUCCUCUCACCACCUCUCCCCUCAUCCCCCCUUUCCCCUCAUCCCCCCUUUCCCCUCAUCCCCCCUUACCCCUCAUCCCCCCUUUCCCCUCAUCCCCCCUUUCCCCUCAUCCCCCCUUUCCCCUCAUCCCCCCUUUCCCCUCAUCCCCCCUUUCCCCUCAUCCCCCCUUUCCCCUCAUCCCCCCUUUCCCCUCAUCCCCCCUUUCCCCUCAUCCCCCCUUUCCCCUCAUCCCCCCUUUCCCCUCAUCCCCCCUUUCCCCUCAUCCCCCCUUUCCCCUCAUCCCCCCUUUCCCCUCAUCCCCUCAGUCACCUCGCAAUCACCCAUCAGCUUCUCCUCCUUCUCCCGUACGAGCGCACGUGCUUUCGCCAGCGCUGUAACAGUCAGAGGGAAGGGCAAGGGGGGAAUGCAGCAGAGGCGGGGCAAGGGGGGAAUGCAGCAGAGGGCGCCAUUGGUUUGCGCAUUACGCUUGCGCACCUCGGCACCUCCAAAGGCCGAGCAUACGAGCGCACGUGCCUCCACCAGCGCUUCAACAGCCAGCGCUUCAACAGCCAUUGGUUGGCGCGCGGAGCAACAAAGUCGAGUCGAGUUCUCCUCUCUCAUGCGGAUUUUGCUCUUGAGAAUUCGGAGAUGUCAAAUCCGCGUGCAUGCGAGCAGGCCUGGUUGGUGCAGAGCAACAAAGCCAACUUCUCCUCUCCCAUGCGAGCAGGCCUGGUUGCCACCGCUCUGUAUCCUGCAGAUACUCCACCCGGCGCUGCCCCCGCAUUGGCCUCUGCUGCUGCUGCUCCACCGCUUCCGCACACCAUUCCGACUGUUUCCAAUAUUCGCGUUCCCUUCCCCCACCCUCUCAACAACUCCCUUCCCCCACCUUCUCAACGACUCCCUUCCCCCACCCUCUCAACAACUCCCUUCCCCCACCCUCUCAACAACUCCCUUCCCCCACCCUCUCAACGACUCCCUUCCCCCACCAACCGUGGCAACAACGCUAAAAUAAAGACUACUGUAGAUGCUCCUCCCCACCUCAUUGGCCUCCUCUCACCACCUCUCUCCUCUCACCACCUCUCUCCUCUCACCACCUCUCUCCUCUCUCCCGCCUUCUCCCUCCGCUCUUCCCUCACACCCCAUCUCCCCUCAAUCUCUUACUCCUCCCCUCCAGCUGAUGUUGCAGCCCCUCUACCUCUACGUCCACACACCACACCUCUCGCUCCUCUGCUCCACUCUACCUCUCCUUCCACACACCACACCUCUCGCUCCUCUGCUCCACUCUACCUCUCCUUCCACACACCACACCUCUCGCUCCUCUGCUCCACUCUACCUCUCCUUCCACACACCACACCUCUCGCUCCUCUGCUCCACUCUACCUCUCCUUCCACACACCACACCUCUGCCUUUGCCUCUCGCAUGCAAUCGCACAUCUGCCUCUCUCCUGAACCCUCAACCCCCCUUUCCCCCUCAUCUCCCCCUCAACCAUCAACCCCCCUUUCCCCCUCAUCUCCCCCUCAACCCUCAACCCCCCUUUCCCCCUCAUCUCCCCCUCAACCCUCAACCCCCCUUUCCCCCUCAUCUCCCCCUCAACCAUCAACCCCCGUCACCCCGAACGUAAGGUCCCCCCUCACCAGUGCUGAACUCAACCCUCAACCCCCCUCACCCCUCGCUCACCUCCCCCUCGCCCCUCCCCUUCCCUCAACCUCCCACCCCUCACCAGUGCUGAACUCAACCCUCAACCCCCCUCACCCCUCGCUCACCUUCCCCUCGCCCCUCCCCUCCCCUCAACCUCCCACUCCUCACCUCCUGCUCGUGAACGCUCCUCUCCUGCUGCAUGCCACCCCUCGCCAACGAAAAGUCUGCAGGGAGUGA